AUUUCUAUUAGAUCAAAAACGAAAUUGGAUGGGGUAGUUAAAGUCCGGUCGCCGUUGUACUAAAGUGUCAAAAGUGAAAGUAUAUGUAAAAAUGUUCCAAGGUUUAUCGAGCGAAGAUGGUGAUCGAGGACAUCAAAAAUUGUACGAUUGUUCGCGAUGUUUUGACCGUUUCCUGUUGCCAGAGCAGAAAGAACUGCACGAAAAAGAUUGCAAAACGAUUCGGUUUGAAUGUGAUCAGUGCGACUUUGUCACUUUGAUUAAACAUUCGAUGGAACGUCAUAGGCGUGAACAUUUGGAAGAGAAACCAUACAAAUGUGAACAUUGUAGUAAACGUUUCACACAGUUUGCGUACCUUACCUCACACUUGCCCACACACGCCAAACAAUUUCCAUUCAAUUGUUCGCGUUGUUUCAUCGGAUUUUCGUUGGAAAGUCAAAAAAAUGAACACGAAAUAUGGUGCAAUCGAAAUGGUUACAAAUGCGCUACAUGUGGCUAUGUCACACUAAAUAAAAAAGAUAUAACGCGCCAUAAGAGGAAACACACGAAGGAAAAACCAAAUCAUUGUGAUCAGUGCGACCGAGGUUUUACCAAUUUAAUUGCUCUGAAAGAGCAUAGGAAGGUACAUGUCAAUGACUUUUCAAUCCAUUGUUCACGGUGUUUCGACGGUUUUAGGAUGCAAGAGGAGAAGGAUGAACACCAAAAAGAUUGUAAAUUCAAUCGAUAUAAUUGUGAUCAGUGCGAUUAUUUUACUUUGAUUCAAAACCAUAUCAAACGCCAUUUGCAGAUACACAAGAGAGAAAAAGCGAAGAAAAAUUUGUCGAAGAAUAAAUUUAAUGAUGCACAUAAACUUUCGAACAUUUCGUUGCCGCAAAAAGCAACUCAAAAAGAUAGUUUAUCUAUUGACAUAAAUCAACUAGCGUUUGGUGGAUCAAAAACAAUGCCAAGUGGCUUUUAUUCGAUAAUACCAACACCAGGUCCAUACACUUCGACGAAUUCACUAGAGCCCAUGACAAAUAAUACAACAUUUGAAGCAACUGCUAUAAGUACGCCAAAACUACAAUUCAAUCAACCGCCAGUGUUCUCUUCAAAGCAAUCGAACGAAUUGGCUAAAAUUGAUCGUACUGAAUACAAUAGAUUUAAUAUUUAUUUCAAUGAUUCUUUAUAAAGCCCAUAUAACUCAUUUGCGGAGCAAUUUUGUCGAUGGCGGGACUGUGCGGAGUUCA